UUUCUUUUUAAAGUCAGUUAACUAAAGUCUCCUUGCUACUCUGAAAUCUUGGAAGCGAUCACAUCAAUUCAGGAAUUUUUUCUAUGGGAACACCUGCUGAUUCUAUCACAAUGAAGUGGCUGCUUUAUGUGUCCUUGGUGUGCUUCUCUGCAAUGGCACAGCUGCAUAAAGACCCUGCCCUGGAUCACCACUGGCAGCUCUGGAAGAAAACCUAUGGCAAACAAUACAGACAAAAGGUGGUGCUGAGGAAUGAACCCAAGGCCUCACACGUGCUAGGAUCAAACGAAACUUGGGAAUCGGGUUGUGAAGUUCCUGCUGUCCAUUCACAAUCAAUAGAUCUCAUACAUGGAGCUGGAGUCCAAGCAGGACCUGUUGGUAAUGAAGAGGCAGCACGUCGUCUCAUCUGGGAAAAGAAUCUCAAGUUUGUUACGCUUCACAAUCUGGAGCAUUCAAUGGGAAUGCAUUCAUAUGAUCUAGGCAUGAACCACUUGGGAGACAUGACCAGUGAAGAAGUGGUGUCUUUAAUGAGUUCCCUGAAGAUUCCCAGUAAAUGGCACAGAAAUGACACUUACAAGUCAAACCCUAAUCAGAAAUUGCCAGAGUCUUUUGACUGGAGAGAGAAGGGGUGUGUUACUGAAGUCAAAUCCCAGGGUUCCUGUGGUGCUUGCUGGGCUUUCAGUGCUGUGGGAGCCCUAGAAGCACAAGUGAAGAUGAAAACAGGAAAUCUGGUCUCUCUCAGUGCCCAGAAUCUGGUGGAUUGUUCAACUGAAAAAUAUGAGAAUAAAGGCUGCAAUGGUGGCUUCAUGACGGAGGCUUUCCAAUACAUCAUUGAUAACAACGGCAUUGAUUCAGAAGCUUCCUAUCCCUACAAGGCCAUGGAUGGAAAGUGCCAAUAUGACUCAAAAAAUCGUGCCGCCACGUGUUCAAGGUACACACAACUUCCCUAUGGUGAUGAAGAUGUCCUGAAAGAAGCUGUGGCCAAUAAAGGACCUGUGUCUGUUGCUAUAGAUGCAAGUCAUCCUUCUUUCUUCCUCUACAAAAGUGGUGUCUACUAUGACUCAUCCUGUACUCAGAAUGUGAAUCAUGGUGUACUAGUGGUUGGCUAUGGUAACCUUAAUGGGAAAGACUAUUGGCUUGUGAAAAAUAGCUGGGGCCUCCACUUUGGUGAACAAGGAUAUAUUCGGAUGGCAAGAAAUAGUAAAAAUCAUUGUGGGAUUGCCAGUUAUUGCUCUUACCCGGAAAUUUAGAGGACCUCUUCAUUUUAUAACAAGUCAAGAAGAUGAAAUACUUUCUCUUAAUUUUACCUGCUGUAGAAAUAAAGAUGAAAUGUAUCAACAUCAAUGUAUAUUUACCAUUACUAAUUAGAAAAUUUUGCUUUCACUUUAUAAAGCUUUGCAUAUUUCUGAAAAAAGCUUGCAAAGUAAAUGAAUAAUGUACCAUAGAUGUCACUGUAUUAGAAUUGGUCCACCAAGGACAAUCUGAGAAGUUUGUCCUUGUUUUAUUUUGCACUCUUUAUUUUUUUCUUUCAAUAGCCUUUUGUAACUUGGUGGUCUAAAAGAGCUUAAUAAAUCUAUUUCAAAUUUCUA